AGAAAAACAAACGAGCAAGCAAACCCAACACCAAACAAAAAAUUGGCGGCGUGACAAUCUAUUCCCUCGGUACUCGGAACGCCUGGCAGCCUCCAUCGAUGCACUCGAAAGCUCGGCUGAUGCUGUCUGGCGCUGGAACCAGGAAGGCGGUGAGCUUAAACUGAAGCAAGUUCGGAGGACGCCGGCGGCGCCCAAAAUUGAAGAAACGUUUCCAGGCUUGCGGAGCUUGCAAGUCAACGGGAGGUGUGAUCCCGAAGGCCGGGAACCAGAAAUGGGACGCCGGUCAUCAGAUACUGAAGAAGAAAGCAGAAGCAAGAGAAAAAAGAAACACCGUAGACGGUCAUCCUCAAGUAGUUCUUCAGAUAGUAGGACAUAUAGCCGAAAGAAAGGUGGAAGGAGAUCAAGGUCAAAGUCAAGAUCUUGGUCCAGAGAUCUUCAGCUUCGCUCACAUUCUUAUGAUAGAAGACGCAGGCAUCGGUCAAGCAGUAGCUCUUCUUAUGGCUCCAGAAGAAAACGAAGUCGAAGUCGUUCAAGGGGUCGAGGGAAAUCCUAUAGAGCUCAGAGGUCUAGGUCAAAAAGCAGAACAAGAAGGUCCCGGUCAAGACCUCGUCCACGUUCCCAUAGUCGAAGCAGUGAAAGGUCCAGUCACAGAAGAACCCGUAGUCGAUCUCGGGAUAGAGAACGACGUAAAGUCAGAGAUAAGGAGAAAAGAGAAAAGGAGAAGGAUAAAGGCAAGGACAAGGAAUUACACAACAUCAAACGUGGGGAAUCUGGAAACAUCAAAGCUGGAUUAGAACAUCUGCCACCAGCUGAACAAGCUAAAGCCAGACUGCAGCUGGUUCUUGAAGCUGCUGACCAAGCCACCCUGGUAGAACAAGUAAAAAGAGUAAAAGAAAUUGAAGCCAUUGAAAGUGAUUCUUUUGUUCAGCAGACAUUCAGAUCAAGUAAAGAAGUCAAAAAGUCAGUGGAACCUAGUGAAGUGAAACAUGUAACUGCAGCAUCAGGACCAGCAUCAGUAGUUGCUGAUCUACCCAGUAAUGAAAAAGAAAUAGACCCCGGCAGCAUCCCUACUACUAUCAAGUACCAAGAUGACAAUUCUCUGGCUCAUCCGAAUUUAUUUAUUGAGAAAGGCGAUGCUGAGGAAAAGUGGUUCAAGAGAUUAAUUGCUCUUCGACAAGAAAGGCUAAUGGGCAGUCCUGUGGCCUAAAUGAUACAUAUGGUUGAAUUAACAGUAACAUUGGAAAUUUAGGUUGAUAAAUCCCAAAUUACCUUUAUACUCUUAAAGAGAAAUUACCCGGUGAUAUAAAAAGUUAAUCCCAUUUCAUUUGUUUCUCAUGGGGGCUCGAAUAUUUGUUGUUUGAACUUAAAUGUUGUGACUAUUAAACUAGUGUAAAAUUUAAGAAUGCAUGAAAAGUCAUACUGUUAAUAAAACUAAUUCUAGAAAUAUCAUUGUUAAAAUAAAUGACAUAUAGUAGUGUUUCUGAGUACAAUUUAAAAAACAUCAAGUUGUCAUUUAAAGGCAAUUUUGAUUAACCAUGCAUAUAUAAGGAUCAAACUAUAUGCUAGAAAUAUGAGAUUUCAUCUUCCUUGUGUUGUGAAACUAUUUUUAAAUCUUUUAUUUCACCUUACUGCAAAAUUUUAGACACAAUGAAAAGCACUCUAAGCAGAAUGAGCAUGUUAACAUUAAAGGAAUAACACUGAAAAAAAAUCUUGAAAAUUAAAUAAAAUAAAUUGAUGAUUUAUUGCUUAGAAUUUA